UACUACUGGUGCUACGAGGGCGUGCCCCACCUGGAGGUCUGUCCGCCGGGCACCGUGUGGAACCAGGGACCCCACAUCUGCGACUGGCCUCAGAACGUCGACACGUCCAACUGCAACAUGCCAGCCCGCGCUCCCAAGCCACGUGCAGGUCCUCUCAACCUGGUCCGCGAGAAGACCAGACACCUGAAGGGCGCUCCAGUAAAGGCCAAGAGCAGGUCAGGUCCAAUGGCCACCGGAGUCCGCGUUCCCCCUCUCCUGCAGAAGGCCAUGAAGGAGAUUCCGUGAGGGAGAAGGAGGGAGAACCCGUGUCCUGGAGAUUUGGGAGAGUUUGAGAAGGC